AUGGACGAAGCUAAUUCUGCUCUUGCUUCCCCCCCACCUGAACCAGUCAUUAUCUUUGAACCUCCCCUCUUUUUACAGCGUCGUAGAGCUGUCCAUGAGCUCUUACGCCAGCUCUCUUUGUCCAAAAUCUUUGGUGACGAAGGGCUUAAAAGUGUUCUUGAUAUUGGCUGUGGAACUGACCUCUGCCUCUUGCGUUCCCUAAUGCCUUGUGACGAUGACUUGCCGCUCGAACAUGUCACAGGGAUUGACAUGGAUGACGACUUAUUAUCCCAAGAACUCAUUGAGAGUCUUGAGCCAGAUCAUGACGAUGAGGAAGCACGCUGGAGGGAGCUUACAGUGAGAUUACUACAUGGAUCCUUUGAACAGUUAUCUCCGGAGAUUAUCCCAAAACAUGAUGUGGUGGUUUCCACAGAAGUUAUUGAACAUUUGGAUCCUAUUCCCCUGGCGAGUUAUGCUCCAGUGCUUCUAGGAAAGAUGCGUCCAAAGGUCUGCAUCAUCACCACACCCAACAGGGACUUCAACAAGGUCUUUGAUUCAGCCCUGCCACUCGAUCCAGGGCGUCGGUUUUACCGCCCUGAGAUUCCAUAUGCGAUGCGUCACCAUGAUCACCGCUUCGAAUGGACCCGGGCUGAGUUCAGAGCCUGGGCCAAAGAGGCGGCUGAGAAAUUUGGAUAUCGUGUGGUCUUUACAGGUGUUGGAAGUUUUGACUGCGGUGCUGUCUGCGAUGACGCCCGAGUUCGCGAUUUUGUCAUGAAGUGCACAGACGAGUACACAGGUGACCCUGAAGACAACUAUGAUGCUGUCCUCACCGGCAGCAAUUCAAAGCUCGGUGAUGGCCUUUCUGACUUGUUCGGCGAGCCGCUCCUAACAUCAAACUACCUAUCUCGUGCAAGAGAGGUCUUGGGGCCUUGUUCCCAGAUUGCAAUCUUUAUGCUUCAGAAGCCAGAAUCAGAUCCAGCGUUGGAUGCAGCAGUUUUCCCACAGUUCUGGAAUGCUCUCCCGACUAACGACCUGAUGCUCGUGUGCCAGGAGGCAUACCCAUGGGUUAAAGACGAGAUCUACCCACCGCCCUGCUCUGAAAUGUUGGCGAUGGUGCAGGCUACAUUUCCAAGCUUCAUGCCGGCGCUUGUUGCGUUGGCCUGGGAACGUAUUGGUAAGCCACUGGCACGUCCGGAGUCGAGAUACGACGGCCACCUCGAGUUCUAUGAUGACUAUGACAUUGGUAAUCCGCCCUCGGCCGAGGUUCUCCAAGAGCAGCGGCUGGCCAGGAAAAUGGCAGACCGUAAAGAGAAAGAAAGGAUGGAAAAGUUGACGGAAGAACUGGCCGGCAUGAAUGUCGACGAUGUCGAUGCCGUCAGGAUUACGGUUACGGCGAAAGAGGUGUGGAAUAGGAAUUGGGAGCUACAGAGGGCGUUUAGAUUCCAUUUCGAAGUGUUUAAAGGGAUGCUUAUGACCUCGGGUAAUCUGGGGAUCAUGGAACUCGCUGCUUAUAUGAGCGAGGAGCAUGCGAAAUCUGAUGCUAAGUGGAGAAACAUUUUCACGACUCCCACCUCAACCGUCGAACUGAGGAUGUCACCACCCCCUGGUGACAGAAAAGCCGAACUCGUCAAGUUAACCGUCAAUGGCCCAAAAACCUCGCCAACAUUUAUCGUAACAUUACCCUCCGCUUUGGGAAUACCAUCACCUCUGGGAGAAGCUCCUCUUCCAAAAGAGGUUUCUCACCAAGAAGAAAAAGAAUCUCUUCAAGACGAAGCUUCUCUCCAAGAAGAAACUUCUCUUCAAGAAGGAACCCCCCUCCAAGGAGAAGCUUCCGUCCAAGGAGAAGCUUCUGUCCAAGAAGAAACUUCUGUCCAAGAAGGAAACUCUCUCCAAGUUGAAGCUUCUCUCCAAGGAAAAGCUUCCGAAGACUCGGUCCUUGAGGACUCUCACAACUAUGACACAGACAACCCCUGCAGAGACUUCGCAGAAAGCAGUUCCUACUGCAACUCGAUGUACUCAGAACCUGCAUAUGAUGACCAGCACCACUUACAUACUGUCGCUGUGUGGGCGAUUGAUUCCAACGACAUGGACGAAAAAAGCAUGGAAGUUGAAGUCAAAGACGAGGCACGAAUGCUCAAGGUUCCGAAUGACCAGGCACUUGACGCCAUGGACGGCAAGAUCGUGUUGACUUUCUUCAAGCCAGACGAGAACGAUGACCCAUGGGGAGUACCACGUCCCUAUGAGACGGAUGGUGAGCCAUUGACAUUCGAUUGUAGUUAUGGUGGCAGGAGCCCUAGGUGGGACCACCCUCCGUCCGAUGACGAGAGGACUAGUUAUGAGGGCGUGAGUGCGUCCAGUUCAACUGAGAAUGGCAGUUCUUGGGGCCCAGACGGGUAUAGCAAGAGCAGGGAUAGUUGGGAGUGUUAA